AUGGUGCGGGUGAAGGCAAAGGCUCGGAAGGGCGACGACGCCUUCCAGACGCGCAAGCAGAAGGUGGGACGAAAGAAACUUGCGCCCGCCACGGCGACCCGUGCGGAGGUGCAUGCGCGGACGCUGCGGGUCACGACGCCCUCGGCAAUUGCUUAUGUAAACCCUGAGGAGGACGCCGGGGCCGCAGCGGAUCCCGAGCAGAGGCGGCAGAAGCGACCGCGCCGUGACGAGGAGCAUCAGCAGCUGGCCGCGGUGUCCUCCGAGAAGCUGCACCGUGACUUCAAGGAACAACUCUCAAAUACGCGGCAUUAUAAGAAGUCGUUUCGAGGCGCUGGCUUCAUGUCACUAGUGAGGGCCAUUGCGGCGAACUACGAGGCGCUGCACGUCAUUGCCCAGAUCUCAUCUACCGCCGUGACUGACCUCAGCGAUGCGGCGUUGUUAAGUCCAAUUGAGAUUUUGUCUGCCUUUACGAGUGCGCUGGACGCGAUGUCUGACACGGACGGCGACGUUCGACGCGCGGCGCUUGCCACGUUGAAAAUUAUCCUUCUUCCUCCGGUGUCGGCGUCGGCGUCGCGUGGCCAUGGGACGGACGACGACAGGGGUGAGGUCGUGCCGUGUAGGCUCACGGUGCCAGCCAAUGGUGCCAGGGUGACGUGUGACACAGAUCGAACUCGGGCGGUGCUGCGCGUGGUGGAUGUGACGCUGACGCACGCCAUGACCUCCGUGCGGCGCUCCGGCAUUGAGUUGCUGCAUCUCAUCCUGCAGGCCUCUCCGCAUGGCGUCCGUGCUGUCCUGCGUGAGUCCGAUGCAUGGGUAAAGAUGGUGGGUCGUGUCUCAGCGGUUCUCCUGCAGGGUACUAGUGGCUCCAGUACUGGCGCGAACACAAUGAAGAUGAUUCACGUGGUGCCAGACAUUCUUGAAACGAUGUUGCAACAACGUGAGAAUGUGGCAUGCGUUGGAAUGGAUUUUUUUAUUUCCCAGCAGGGGGAGAAGGAGGUGGAAAACGCAGACGCCACACCGCAACGCAUCCUUGAGCUCUUUGAGGAAUGCACCCCGAAGUGGAGCACGGAGUGGAAGGAGUUAAUGGAGAUGCGGACUACCAUCUUCCGUGAUGCCGAGCGGGUGCAGCGGGCCACCGCGAUUGCCCGCGCCUUCGCCUGCAUCACCAUGUACCUACGUGUGCAGUCGCUACUGAGUAAGCGACACAUGCAACUCAUCCGUCACCUUUUCACCGUUAAAAUGCCCUUUACAAUGCAUGAGUUGACGCUGGGGGCGGCGGUGCAUGAGCAUAGUGGGGGGCACAGUCACAGCAAGACACGCAUGGUGCUGGCGAACGCCAUCGCUGACGCCUGCCUGCCAGUGGCGGAUGCUAUGAGUGAUGCGUGUCAGUUGGUGCGGGACUUCUUGUCCGCCGCUUUCCGUCCAGCGAAGGGGGCGACAUCGUCGGCGUUGUUAGGGCGCCACCCAUGUGGUGGGGGUGAAAGCGAGGUGGCCACGCUACUUCUAGGCCCAUUGCGAACGCUUCGGGCAGCAUUUGUGCAAUUUCCAGGCGCUCUGCUUCCGCGCUUUAUGUUCCUUGCGCCGCCGAUGAUGCAGGCUGCCAUGCGGGCCGUUGGCGGCACAGACGGUUGCUCAUGGGGAGAGGCUGCGUUGCUGGCGGCUGACGUGCUUGCCGUGCUUCUCGCCUCCCAGGCCGCCGCGGCGUCGAAGCAGGGCCUGCGCUUUCUUGCUGAGGCGGUAUUGGCGGUGCCGCGGCUUCUUUUCUCCCUUCGCGGCAAGACCGACACGGCAGUUGUGGACGGCGUCGUCACUGCUUUCCUGCGGCCGCUCUGGAGGCUGGCGAGCGGCGGACAUCCCCUGCUGCAGAGCCCCACCACAUCCGGUGAGGACGCGGCGGCGCAACUUCGCAUCUCUCUGCCGUCGCUCUUUGAGAUCCGCGUGCCCGAUGCGGCGACGCCCGGCGCUUCCGUGACGCUGGACGGGGUGCUGCCUCGCUGCACGGAGCCGACGCGGGAGUUGGGGGCCCACCUGCUGUUCUACCUCUGCGGCGAGGCGCCGUGCGGGGCGGCGGCACCACCGCUGGCGCUCACCGUGCUCGCCCGCACCCUCCCCUGCUGCUGA